UUUAUAUAAUUAUCCUCUAACUGCUUGCCAUUGCGAUUUAUACCUUUCUCAAUCACCUGUAACGAUUAUUUGGUUGGAGGUCGAAGAAGAGUGAGAGAGCCGGUGAAAGAGCGGGGAGAAGUUUUGGGAUCAAGAUGGACAGAGAAAAGAAAAGGAGUGACACAGGUACAUCACCGGUGCAUGAUCGGGCGGCCAAGAAAGGGAAGCUAACGGUGACGGCAAUCUCCGAGCUUUUCUCCGACGAUGAUGACGAUUUUAUACAAAAACCAGACUCUUAUCGUCCCCUUGGGGUGUUUGAGUUCCCAUGGCAGAAAGAUAAAGGUGCACUUGCGCUCGAACUGGACGGCUGCAGUUUCCGCGAAGUGUUCUACUCUUCACUCGUCGACGGCAUCUCGCCGUCGAGACAGUCGCCGAUCACCAUCUCAGGCGAGGCCGACAAAUCCUUGCCGUCUGAUGGGGAUGCGGACGGUGUCGAUUGCAUCUGGAGCUGGGCUCUGCGCCAGCCACUCUCCGCUUUAUAUUGCAAGAGCUCCGGUGCAUGAAAAUGAAUUUUUUAGAGCAGUUUGAGCGCCGUCCACAGUGGAAGCAUGAGCACAAAAUCUGAAUUUGAGAUGGUUUGUUUGAAAUAUUUCUGUAAAAGUUUAAUAUCAUUUUCAAUUUAGAAUUUUAAAAAUUUUGCUAGAAAUUAUCAAAUGGGCGAGUUCAUCGAAC